GGAAACUAUCGGUCCUUUCGGUCUGGCUGAGAAAUGUCUGUUGUUACAGUUCAGCUCGGCCAGUGCGGUAACCAGGUGGGUCACGAGCUGUUUGACCUCACCUGUAGUGAUGCGCGUGCUGGACAGAGGAGACUGUACAACUCAGCCAGCUGCGAGCGAUUCUUCCACCAGACUGCACAUGGAGGUAUGAGCUACUCUGGAUUUGUAUUCUGUCUGUAUUGUACUACUGUUUACUCGUUUCUGUCCUUCUGUUGGUCAGAGCUGGUUGCCAGGGCGGUUCUUGUUGACAUGGAGCCCAAAGUUAUUAACCAGUGCAUCUGUAGAGCUUCCAGAUCUGGUAUGUGGAGGUAUGGAGACACUUCAUACUUCAGCCAGAAGCAGGGCUCUGGAAACAACUGGGCUAAUGGGUUUUGUGUCCUCGGCCCUCGUCACAGAGAUGAGGUGGAGGAGCUGGUGAGGCGAGAGGUGGAGCGCUGUGACAGGUUGGCUGGGCUCAUGGCUAUUAUGAGUGUAGCAGGAGGAACAGGUUCUGGGGUUGGUACCUAUGUAACUCGCUGUCUCAGAGACAUCUUUCCCAAGUCCUUCAUCCUCAACCACCUCACCUGGCCAUACGGGACUGGAGAGGUGAUUGUCCAGAAUUACAAUUCUGCGCUGACACUUGCUCAUCUCUACCAGCUGUCAGAUGCCAUUCUUGUGCAUGAGAACGACACGGUGCACAGGAUCUGUAGUCGGCUGCUCAACAUCAAACACAUCUCCUUCAGUGAUGUCAACAGGGUCAUUGCUCACCAGCUGGGAAGUGUCCUUCAGCCGACACUCACUGCUGACUCCGACGGAGUCUACAGCAGAAAUCCUAUAGGUGAGUUGGUGAGUGCUCUCACUUGCCACCCAGAGUACAAGCUGCUCAGUGUGAGUACAAUACCUCAGAUGCCGAGCUCCUCCAUAGCCUACAGCACAUUCAGCUGGCCAGGCCUGCUCAAACACCUGCGACAAAUGCUCAUCUCCAACAGCAAGAUGGAGGAAGGUAUAGACUGGCAGGUGCAGCUACCUGGAGCUUCAGGGCGGACCAGGAGUCUUAUAGCCCCCAGCUUUAACACCUCUUUGGCCAACCUACUCAUACUGAGAGGAAAAGACGUGUACAGUGCAGAGACAGGUGGUUUUGAGGACGCAGCCCUUUACACCUCCUGGCUCUCAUCAGAAGAAGCUUUCAGUAUGUGGAAGUCCCCAGUGCCUUUUAAUAAGUAUGAAAAGUCUGCGACACUGGUCAGUAACAGCCAGGCUCUGCUCAGACCUCUGGAUAACAUGGUUGGAAAAGCAUGGAAUAUGUUUGCAUCAAGGGCCUACGUCCAUCAGUACAUUAAAUUUGGAAUCUCAGAGGAGGACUUUCUAGACAGCUUCACGUCUCUUGAGCAGGUCAUCUCAAGCUACAGUCAAUUGUCUUAAAAUAAACAAA